CGCGGUGGCCGCACUUCCGCCCGCUGGGGAGCCGGUCAGAGUGCGCGACAUCCGUUGCUAGGAGUCCAUUAGUCACCGCGGAGUCGCCUUGUGUUUUCCCGCGUCCUGAGUCCGGCUGGAUUAGUGCGGAGGGACGAGCGACCAGAGCUUCCCCCUGAGUCACCCUGAGGCAGCGGCGCCCAGGGGAUGAGGCAAGGAGGCUGCCGAAUACUAAUGUGAUGUCAACCACUUGAAGACUUCCUGCAAACAACGAUCGGCUCUUGCUGGCCAGUCAGAGCCCUUGGGAACACAUCCCUCUAGUAAACGUGCUGUUCUAAAGGUAAACAGAGCAAAGGGGGCUCCGAUUUUACCUGUGAUCCGUCAGCUUAGCCAGACACAUGGAAGAAAUUCUUGUCAUGGUGGUGGUGUGUGGGGGGCAAAAGAAAGGAUUCUCCCCCAACCAGAGAAGUGGUAUAUAGACUAGGGAGUGGAGGUAAGGGGUUCUGGCCCCCAGAGUGGACAAGCCCAGUGACACUUCUGUAGGAGGACUGACUACCUUCCUCCCCAAUGAUUCGCAGCCCAGACUGAUGGAUUAUUUUUCCAUGAGAAAAGUGGGAGUCACUGAGAAAACGUGAUUAGGCCUAAGAAACCCAGCAUACAGCCAACUUUUCUGAAGGAGGAAACUGUUGUGAACAAAACUUAGGAGAGUGCUCUAAGGCAUGGAAGGAAAACUCUGGAGCAAGCUGACUUAGAGAUGAGCCGUAGCAGAAGAGAGUAGAUCAGUAAGGGAUGGGGGAGCAGCUGUAAGUGUAGCCUGGAAGAUGUCUGAAGGUCUUAGUGGACCACAAGAGCUAACAAUGCUUUCUAUUCCAGGAAGACAUCAGCCAGCACAAAGAUACCUGACUCAUAUAAUCAACACCUGGACCCUGGAAGUCUAGCAUUCAAAGAGUCAGGUAGCUGGGGCUCUGCAUUUAGGAAGUGUGGGAGUGAGGAAGGGUGUGGGGAAUUGGGGACCCCUGACAGAGAGAGAGAGGAAGGCUGGGCAACAGGGGGUGUUCAGCCUCCACUUCAUGGAGAUGUCGCGAGGACAGACAAUGCUGUUAUAAGGUGGAGAAAGCUUUAUUCCCGAGUUUUAGGUGGGACGUGGGUGUGGGCAUGCCCAGACCACACAGGCCAGGUUUGGAGAGCCAGAAGAUGGGGAGAGGAUUCGGCAUGCUUGACACUUGAGGCUUUGGUGGAACUACCGAGUAUCCCAAGACGCCAUGCAUGGAAGGGAGCAGGGGCAGAGCUCUAUGGCCAGGACGGGGAUGGGCAGAACUGGGGAGACCGUGAGGAGCCUGGGCAGAGGCAGAGGAAAAUGGGAGGCCCAGGCUGUGGGGGCUGGGCUGGGGUAGAGAGGGGGCUCUGGGUGGGACCUGGGACAGGGUUGGAGACAUAUGGGUUCCUAGGAGAGUUCAGGAGUGUGGUUAGACCAGAGGAAGGACAUCGCCAAUGAUGGAACACCAGCCAGUGAGCCGUGUCCUUGAGCGUCUCCAGGGCCAGCCAGCCAGCCAGGGACGAAUGGUUCCAGAAAACCUUGCCUGCAGAUGCGCGGCCUGGUGUUGCUCAGCCGGCGCUCACACCUGAGCAGCUGUGGCUCCCGCGCUUGUGACAGGCAGGGCGGAGGGCUGACCAGUCCUCUUCACCGAUGGAUAAACUGAGGCCCAGGGUGGAGGAAGGAGCUCCCGUUUAGCUGCUCCUGUGAGUGCUCUGCUCGCUCCCAUGGCGGGGCGGCGGGGCCGCUGCUUCCUGGGGGCAACCAGGGCGCUGGCCACUCCUCUCUGCGGCCCAGUGUUCACAAGAGGGGGGACAUUCAGAUUUUCUUCCCCAUUCUUUUAAUUACAGUAUUACUGUUUCCGUCACUGCUAAGGGCAUGGCUCGGUGGCAUUAAAUACGUGCAGACAGCCCGCCUUCGCCUGCAGACCUUUUCCAUCUUCCUGAAGGACCGUGUCCCCGCCGAACCCUAACUCUGGGCCCCUCCCUGGCCCCCAGCACCCCCUCUUCCACUUCCUGGGGCUGUGGCUCUGUGACCUCGGGGACCUCCUACAAGUGGAAUCCUGCAGUAUUUGUCCUUUGGCGUCCGGCUCUUGUCACAGCACAGUGUCCUCCGGCUUCCCCCACACUGUGGCAGGCAUCCGGUGCUUCAUUCCUUUUUAUGGCUGGGUAAUGGGAUAAUACUCCGUUGGGUGGGUGAACGGGCCACACUGUGUUUAUCCAUUCAUCCACAGAUGGACAUUGGGCUGCGUCCACUUUGGGGCUCUGUGGGUCCUGCUGCUGUGAAUGUGGGGUGCAGGACAUGUUGGGGCGGGGGCUCAGGCACGAGGGCCACGUGUGUCCCAGCACCCUCUGCUGAGAGCCGUCAGCUGCCCCCCGCACCCCCGAGCGCCCGCCCCUGUGCCCACGAGCUGGUUGGUCCCUGGAACAGCCUCCCCACCUCUCCCCAUCUGGUUCCCUGGAGCCCAGGUCAGUGUCACCUCCACAGAGUGGCCCCCCCCCGCCCCGUGCCUCCCCUUUGCCACAGCUCGAAUCUGCCAGUCCCACCCAACGGAGCCUUUGCUGGUACCGUUCUGGGGGCUGGGAUGACCUCCAACUGCACCUGUAAGAUUCAGCCGGAGAGUGAGCACUGUCCUGAGCACUGUCCUGAGUUCCUGACCGAUGACCACCCUCCCCCCGCCCCCGGCCCCAUCCCCUUCCUGGUUUGGCUUCCCCGGGACUUCAUCACCCAUCAGACUAAAAGAUUUCUUCCUAUAGUUUAUCCUGGCUUUCCUCCGGCGUCCCUGACACAAGGGCCAGGGUUGCUUUCGGUUUGCUUGCUGCUGUAUCUCCAGCUGGUACAGCAGCGUCCAGCACGCGGCAGGCACUGGCAGAUUGGGGUUGGGGAUGAAUGGAUAGCCCAGUGCCGACAUCUGCCCUGUCUGAAAUGGUGUUGGUGGGCCCCUGCUUCGGGGGGAGCAUGGCCAGCUCUGCAGCCCCAUGCAUCCUGCGCACCUUGCUGCACAUCGUCGGUGGCCCUGAGAUGGUGCCACGGCCACAUGACCAGCAGGGUUACGUGCCCAGGUGACGAGGUGCCCAGCCAGCACGCCUGGCAUGGCUCCAGCAUACAGUAGGCGCUCCGUAAAUCUUUUGUUGAACGUUGGAUCACGCCAAGGUCCCCACUCUCUGGGAACUGGGGAGCCGGUCUCUAGGGCUUUGCUUAGGGCCCGUGCCAGGGUCUUCAUUGGCUUUUCAGGAUUUCCUGUGGCACCUGCCAGGUCCUAGCCACCCUGUCCUGGGGACAGUGACAUCUCAGAACACAUGCCUGCCCCUUGGGUCACCUGGGCAGUGACCCAGGUGCCAGGAAAGGCUGUUACACAGAGGACACUGGGGAGGCAGCAGUCUGGACCAGUUUGGCCCGGCAGAAUCCUCCAGACUCCCCUCUGCCCUUGUCCCUGACUCCUCACCAUCGUCACCUGCUCCGCCGCCCAGCCCCGGGGAGAUGCGUGCUGCCUGAGGAUAGGACCUGUGUCUUACCCACCACUGUGUCCCACUGUCCAGCACAGGGCCUGGCAUACAGCAGUUGCCCAAUAAAUGCUUAUCAAAUGAGCUGGGGAGGCCAACCACUGUAGUUGCAGGGAGGAAGUGGGUUGGGGGAGCCUGAGGCUAGCCAUGGAGUAUAGGGGUGACCCAGGAUCGGGGGCAGGUGGGGAGGGGAGCACCCACAGAACCAGCCCCUCACCUUGGCCUCUGUGUGAGGGUGCUCUCCAGCAGCCCCCUCCUCCCAGUGCUGGGAAUAGCGCAUCAGCUGGGGGCUGUUCGGCGGGCAGGGUGCGACAGGGGGCUUGCCCUGAUGCGGAGGGGUGGUUCUGACUGCAGUUUAACCCCCGGCUGUCUCCUGCCCUUCCCACCAAAGCAGGUUUGGCGUGGGGGGCCAGUAAAACACCAGUGAUCCUUUUUGGUGUCGCAGUCUCCAGGGUAGGUGGUGCGUUGCUGACUCCCGCCACCCUUCCGGCCUCGGGGGGAGGCAGCAGCCUCAGGAGCCCCCCACAGGCUGUGGGGGCAGAGCAUGUUGGCCAAGCUGGGGAGCUCCAGAGAGGCCAAGGUGGUGUACCCAGCGGGAUGCACUGAGGGUCAGUCUGGAGGGCCCCACCCCUCCCAGCCCCAGACUCCUCCUCUUCUGCAAGGAGCCCUCUUUCCUGAGUCUCUGCAAGGCCCACUCCCACUUGUCCUCCAGGCCUCUGUUUUGAGGUCCUCCAUUUCUGGGCAGCCUUCACUGGCGGCCCCACCAGAGUCAGGUGCCUCCUUGGGCCCCUGAGACUCCCUGCUCCCCCGCACCUAGGAUCUUGGGUGAAAACCAUCCAUCCUCUGGACCAAGAACCCUCUCGAUCUACUGUGUCCGGUCCAGUCACCUGCCUCUGGAUUGAGGUUCAAAUCCAUGCUCCACCCCUCCCCCCAGCUCCACCCCUCCCCCCAGGCCCCAGUUUCCUCAGCUGCAGAGUGGGAACGGUGGUGGUAAGGGGAUUUGAGGCUGAGAUGCAGCGAUGCAGGGCACACCAUAUGCUCCCGCUGUUUCGCACCCCUUCCCAGCACCUGGCUUGUUGAUCAAAUGAACAAAAGGACAGAGAUCCACAGUGAGCCUGUGCCCCCUGCUUGGGGUGGGGGCAUCACAGGAGCAGGGAGCUGAGUCAGGGAGGAACUCGUGGGGACCCCGGGUCACAAGGUCUCAUCUGGUGCAUCCCCAGGCUCCCUGCUCCAGUGGAGCCCCGCUGCCCUCUGACCGGAGUGCAGGGGCCAGGCUGGGCGUGGGGGAUGGCACCCCAGCCCUGCCCAGGCAGCCACGUCAGUCAGCCACCUGGGCACCGGGCUGGCCCCACCUGAGCUUCCCUGAAGUCCAGGUGAGGGGUGAGUUGUUUACCACCGAGUGACAGGACCCACAUGACAGGCGGCCACUGGGGGCCUGAUUCACAGCUUUCUGGGAAGUGAGUUAACGGGAUCCCAGAGCCCAGGGCUCAGUCAGAUCUCCUGGCUGAGUCACGGUGGCCCUGGAGGAAGGAGCCGUUACUGAGCCUCUGGGCAACCCCCUUUUCCCCAAGACCCUGGGACCUUAGCAAGACCCCAUACCCUAGCCUCCAGCUGCUGCAGACCCAGACUUUCCCUUCCCCUCCCAAACUGGGGACCUUUCCUAGUCAAUGUCAAGGCCAUUGGCCUAGAUCUCUGGGUCUGGGUCCUGUUCCUCCAGGGGGUAGAUCCUGGGCCCACAGCUAGAGCCAGGGUCCUGAGCCCCUAAACCAGAGCCCUGAGUCUACUCCUCCAGGGCAGAGGGAGGGGUCUCCGCUAGAGCCCCCAGUCCCCUUAACGGCUCAUUUCCUCCCAGCAGUCCCAGCCCUCCUGUGACCUACAGCCCGGGGUGGCAGGGACUGAGCCACUCACUUACUUGGGGGACUGGUCCAACGGCAUUCCACCUCCCAGGAUAAAACCUGGGGUGACCUGUAGGGAACUCUGCACACUCCUGUCACAGGCAGGACUGCUCUCCCAUCUGUGCCCGUGCCCCCAUUGGCUAUGGUAGUUUCCAGAACUCCCCCAGCCCAGGGUGGGGGCUCUCUCAGGAUCUUAACCCCCCUGCUGCUUCUGGCUUCUGCAGCCUCCCUCCAUGCUGCCAAGAUACCUGCACCCCCAGCCUGUGGGAAGCCCCAGCAGCUGAACCGGAUCGUGGGUGGUGAGGACAGCACCGAUGCCGAGUGGCCCUGGGUCGUGAGCAUCCAGAAGAACGGGACCCACCACUGUGCAGGCUCCCUGCUCACCAGCCGCUGGGUAGUCACCGCCGCCCACUGCUUCAAGGGCACUCUGAACAAGCCAUCCCAGUUCUCUGUGCUGCUGGGGGCCUGGCAGCUGGGGAACCCUGGCCCGAGGUCCCAGGAGGUGGGUAUCGCCUGGGUGCAGUCCCACCCUGUGUACUCCUGGGAAGAGGGCUCCCGUGCGGACAUCGCCCUGGUGCGCCUUGAGCACUCCCUCCACUUCUCUGAGCGAAUCCUGCCCAUCUGCCUGCCUGAUGCCUCCGUCCGUCUCUCUCCCAACAUGCGCUGCUGGAUUGCAGGCUGGGGGAGCAUCCAUGAUGGAGUGCCCCUGCCCCAUCCCCAGACCCUGCAGAAGCUGGAGGUUCCCAUCAUCGACUCAGAAGUCUGCAGCCUCCUGUACUGGCGGGGAGCGGGGCAGAGGGCCAUCACCGAGGACAUGCUGUGUGCUGGCUACCUGGAGGGGCAGCGAGAUGCCUGUCUGGGUGACUCCGGGGGCCCCCUCAUGUGCCAGGUCGAGGGCACCUGGCUGCUGGCGGGCAUCAUCAGCUGGGGCGAGGGCUGUGCGGAGCGCGACCGGCCCGGCGUUUACAUCAGCCUGGCUGCCCACCGCUCCUGGGUGAUGAGGAUCGUGCAGGGGGUGCAGCUCCGCGGGCACUCACAGGGGAACGGGCCCACUCGGGGCGCCGGGCCAUCCCGGGGCCGCGUGCGUUAGGGAUCUGGGGAGACGGGCGGCUGCGGGCCCCAGCCACCCGACGGUGCGCCUUUCCCGUGCGCCCUUCCCGCCGUUGUAAGUGAGCCACCUGCCUCCGGGGGGCGCCCGCAUGCCGGCACUGCCCCGCCCGCGGGAGCGCCUUUGUUUUCUGUGUGUAUAUAUCCCUGGUGACGAUUUUUACAGUUGUUUGUAGCCUUGCCCCCAUAUCUUAUUUAUUACAAUUUCAAUAAAUUAUUUAUUCCCCCGUUCCUGUUUUUCCGAGUAUGGGGACAUUGGGAGGCAGGGGUACACUUGGGAUUAAAAUGGGGGCAGGCGGGUGUGAGUUUGUCUGAUGGUCCUGCCAGGGACCUAGCUGUCCUGUCCACCUGUGUUUCGUCAUUCUGACCCCUGGCCUUUGCACUUCUUUCCUAUGCCCCCCUCCCACCGGGAGGCCACAUAGAGAGGAGGCAGGAGGCCCCCAACCUGCCUGUUGGGUUUCCCAAACCGGGCUAGCUAGGAGAAACCCGCCCAUAUGACAGUGGGUGUCCCCUCCCUCCCUCCCCUGAGAACCAGGUUUCCCG